GUGACAGUAUGUAAAAAAAAUUUUUUUCUUUUUCCGAAAAAUUAUGACAAAAAAAAUACAACUUCAAAUAACUCGCCAUGCCUCUUAGGAAGUAUGUCGGACUGUUUACUUUUCAAAAAGGGGUCAUUUGGGGGAUAUCUGUACUGUUCUGACAUUCUUGGACCUCAAGAAAUUAGAUUGGCUGUCAGUACUUCAGGAUUGAUCAAUAUCAUACCAUAGUUUGUGAACGCUAUAACUUUCCUACAAACUAAAAAAUACAUCCUAAUUUGGGUUAUUUUCACCAAAGACAUGUAG